AUGGUCUCCAAGAAACCACAUGUUCUCAUAAUUGGCGCCGGUCUGGGCGGACUCCUGCUGGCACAAGCCCUUCGCAAGCGGCAGAUAAAUUUUGAAAUCUUUGAGCGAGACGCACAUGCGAAUGCUAGACAGCAAGGCUGGGCUCUCGGCUUGCACAGUAUCCUAAACGAUAUCCAGGCCCACGUCCCAGAUGAGCUUCCUCCCAUUGAGCCAUCUGUGAAUCAUCUCGAACCUUUGAAAUUGCCUGCGCAGUUUGCUUGCUACGUAAAUGGCCUGCGUCUGGCCGUCACUGGAUCCCCAGACACCUUUGUACUGCGAGCGAACCGAAAUCGCCUGCGCCAUUGGCUAGCCACCAAUAUUCCCAUUAGCUAUAACAAGCAGGCAACAAGUAUCGAAGAAGCUGAAUAUGGAGUGACUGUACACUUUCAAGAUGGCACCCAAGUUUCAGGCGACAUACUCGUGGGUGCUGACGGCAUCAAUAGUUAUGUGCGAGAAUACCUUUUAUCCCGGCCGAACAAGGAAACACUUCAAACCAACCCGUUUGCCGUUAUUGUGGGAGAGACCACUCUUGCUGGUGCCGAAUUUGAGCGUCAAUUGUCCCUGAGCCACAGUUCAUACCUAGGCAUAAGCGCCAGCAAGACCUUGUCCAUAUUUGUAGGGCUGGACAAGGUCUCUGACGAUGGCAGAACUGGCUAUUAUUACUGGUAUCUCAUGGUUCCCGAUGAGCACACUGACAACCUUGAUCAUUGGACAAAGCACGCUACCAGGGCCGAACGAUUGGAAAAAGCACUGGAAUAUGGAAAACAGUUGGAUGAUACGUUUACCGAGAUCAUCAAGCUGACACCCGAAGAGGGCAUGCGGACCGAUGCGUUUUCUUUCCGCGAUGCUGAGAUCCUGGAGCACGAGGUCAGAGGUGGCCGCGUUACCAUGUUGGGCGAUGCAGCUCACCCAAUGGCACCAUUCCGCGGUGAGGGAGGAGUCCAUGCCAUGCGCGAUGCUCUAGAGCUAGCUGAAGCCAUUGAUAGGUGCGGAAACGAUGGCGGCGAGACGAUCCUCGAGAACAUCGCAGCAUACCAGGAACAUAUGAUGCGUCGCGGCGUUGAAGCUGUGCAAAAGUCCAGAGGCCAGGUUCGUGACGAUCGCAGGCAGGACGAGCCAUGGAUGAUCUGGGGGUAUCCGACAAAGCCGACUCCAGAAGAGGCAGUCAAGUUAUCAGACUGGCUAUGA